CUCAACACCAAAUUUAAAACUACUCAAUUUAUCUUUCUUUUUCGUUCUGUUUCAUUUCAUUCUUCUCUCGUUCGUUUCAUUUCUUUGGAAUUCAUUUCUCACUUAUAAGCGGAGAAUUUUCCAAAGUAAUCUUCUACAUUCACUGGUACAACAUUCAAAGGUUUGAAGUAGUACCGUUUUGCUUUUAGAAUUGAACAACUUUCAUUAAGAAUAAGGGUAAUAAUUUAGGAAUUGAUACUACUAUUGUGAAAUAAUAGACCGGGAAAGAGAUAUGUGCAUUGCUUUUCGUUCUUCUUAGUUUUCAUUGAUGAGUCGAUCCAUCUCUUAAUUUUCUUCAUCGGAAUAAACUCUAUCAUUCUGAAGUAAAUAUAACAAUGCUUAAUCCCUCAAGAAAUGCACAUGAUGAAAAUUCUUCCUACGGAAAGAAUAAAAACCGGCAAGCAUUAUCAGCAUAUGGAAGAAAUGGGGCUUUUCAGUUAAAGAAGCAAGAGCCUCCAAGAAUAACUUGCAAAUUGCUCCUCCUCUCUCUUCUUGAGAGUGUUUGCAAAUUAUCUCAGAAAACCCCAGAGAGCUCAAAAAACAUGUUCUUGUAUAUCGCAUAUUCUUUGCGCAACUCGGGUUUAAUUGAGAAUGAAUUUUCCGAGGACUAUGAAGCAAUUCGAGUAGCAUAUUCGGGUGCUAUUCAUGAACUCCUCGCUCAAGCCCACAAUGCUAACAUUGGCCAUGUUUCCGAUGAGCAUCUUUUUUCUCUGAAUAAAACUACUUCAUUCAUGAGCGUCUUGUCAGAUGAAUCUCUUUAUUCCACUUGUAAUGAGCCAUCUGAAUCUCCAACUCUUCCUGAUUCCGUUGAUGCAUUCACGAAUAUUGUUAAUCACGUAUCUUCCCAUUCUGACAUUUCUGACAGUACAUUUUUAAAGAAUUCUCCUCUCAAUAUGUCUGGCUUGGAAGAUUAUUUUUCACCAAAUAAUACCAACUUUGAAAACUUUUACAACGUCCAAAAGUCUCGCUAUUCUUCUGAUUUCGAGGAACUUGAGAUGCUUGGAAAAGGUGGUUACGGUUAUGUGUACAAGGCACGUAACAAGUUUGAUGGUGUUGAAUAUGCCUUGAAAAAGAUUCCACUCACGUUACGAUCUCUUUCUUCUUCAAACAUGUUUCGUGAGUCCCGAAUUUUAGCUCGCCUUAAUCACCCCAACAUUAUUCGAUUCUAUUCUAGUUGGAUUGAGAUUGAGCCUUAUCCUCAUAACGACCCUGCUGAGUUCGAUUCUACUUGCACCGAGGACUUAUUAGAUUCACGCAGCAUUGAUUCAAAUGGCGGUGACAAUCUUUUAUUUGAUAUAGAAACUGAUUCUUUAGACCGUGACUUCUCAAGUGCGAAUUCCUUUCAGGUUGUCUUUGAAGAGGAUUCUCUUGGGACUCAUUUCGACCCAUCUUAUUCGACGAAGCAAUCUACUUGCAGUUUGGCAGCUUUAUUUUCUGGUUAUAAAGAGAGUGAACAAGAAUACUCUAAAAUGCAUUCUUGCGAGCCAGUAUACGCAGAUAAAGAUGACUCUAUAUAUUGUGAAAAAGAGAAUCGUUCUAAAAGACUCAAUAAUUGCUCUCUUUCGUCGAGGUUUGAAGAUUCAAUGACACAUGAGGUCCCUUGUUUCGAUCAAAGGCCUAUUUGUCUUUACAUUCAAAUGGCUUUAUGUGAGGAAACACUCGAGAUUCACUUGAAUAGAAGAAAUAAACACUUUCAUGGUAUGCUUCCAAAGAAUCUUCGUAACCGAUACAUUUUGCUGUUUUCUAGAAUACUAGAGGGUGUUAUGUAUCUUCAUAACGUCAUGAAUUUGGUUCAUCACGAUUUAAAGCCAAGGAACAUUUUUCUAUCCUCAAGUACAUCAUCGGAACAAGGUUCGGUUCGUCUACCUUGUUUUUCUGGAAAGCCUCAUCUUUCAAACGAACCCAUUGAAAGCAAAUUUUUCGUUCCAAAGAUCGGUGAUUUUGGUUUGGUACUUUCGCAGUCAGAUGAUGGUGACUCGUCUGAAGAGAAUGGUGGAUUUUAUUUUGCAGGCACCCAUACUUACGCUGCUCCAGAGAUGCUAUCAAGGCAUAUGAAAGCUCAAGCUAUAAAGAAUAGCACCGCAAUUGACGUUUAUGCUCUUGGAAUUUUGUUCUUUGAGCUUUUGUAUCCUUUUGGGACCCGCAUGGAAAGAGUUUCCUUGAUUAACAAUUUGAAAAAAGGUCUUCUUCCUGAAGACUUUCUUGAACAAAUGCCCGGGGAGGCAAGUCUCAUACUGUCCAUGUUGAGUAGUCCAGCGAAGCGACCUACAGCUGCCCAAAUACUGAAAACUCCUAUUUUUAGCAAUAUGGCGGUAAAUGAACUUCACCUGUAUGAAGCUCUGUUAGAUGAUGUUCAACAACAAAACAAUUCUUUAAAGGCAGAGCUAGAAACGCUAAAAUCCAAGCUUGUCAAUUCUUCAAGUUGAUGUUCUACGUUUUAUGUCCCCUUUCUUACGUUUAUGAUGGCUUAUUUUACGAUCCAUCUGAAGUGACGAAUUUAGUUUUAACUUUUAGUUUAUGAUUAUAUGACCUUUAUCCCUUUUUCAUUUAUGCUUCGAGAUUAUAUGAACAUAUUUUUGAAUUUUUCUCUGCUUCGUUGAUUAUCCUUUACUGUCAUAUUCCUCUAAGCAAGCAUGCCAAACGUCUAUAUUAGCAAUAUACAGGAUGGGAAAUCUCUACUGAAACUUACUAUUAAAUUUUUUUUUAUCAGUGUUUAGUAGGAUACUACAAACCUCUAGGAGUCCUACUCGUUCAAACAGCUAGCUACUGGCGAUAUUUAAGUAUUGAAUUUUGAUAGUGAGUAUUGAACUUAAACUUUUGAAU